GGGCGUGGUCAGGCUCAGGUAAACAUGGAUCCUGUGCUGUAUGUGUUGGCUGCUGCCAUUAUACUGAUUCUUAUCGUCUUUGCGUCUCGAAUAAGAGGACAGGUGCGGAAAGCAGAUCAAAACCAACAGCGAAAUGUAGUGGCUGCAGCUGGAAGGCCUCGACCUGUUAAUGAAGAUCGUCCAGCAGGUGCACCAAGGGUACGACGCAAUCUCAGGAAUAGACUUUUGGCUCGAAGGCUUCUGGAAGCUGAACAGGAUGCUCAAGUUGAAGAAGUUGGAGCAGAACAAGAUGGCACAGAAUUUCAAACACAUGGCAAAAUUGGAGCCAAGAAGCAGCGGAAAUUGGAAGAGAAAGAACAAAGGAAGGCACAAAGAGAGGCUGAAGAAGCAGAACGAGAAGAAAGACGAAAAUUGCAAAUGAAGAGAGAUGAAGACCGGAAGAAAGAUGAGGAACGAUUACGACUUGAAGAGCAGCGAAAAGAAGAAGAAUUGAAGAAAGCAUGGGAAGAGAAACAGCGACAAGAGCAUGAUGAAUACCUCAAGUUGAAAGAAGCAUUUACCGUUGAAGAGGAAGGAAUUGAGGUACAACCAGAUGAAGAGGAGUCGCAGAAUCUUCUGCAGGAGUUCAUCGACUACAUCAAGAGUACAAAAGUUGUUCUUCUGGAAGAUCUUGCUUCUCAGUUUGGCUUGAGGACACAGGAGGCUAUUAACAGAGUCCAAGAUCUGAUUGCUGAAGGAACUCUGACAGGUGUCCUGGAUGAUCGUGGAAAAUUCAUCUAUAUCACUGAACAAGAACUUGCAGCAGUGGCUCAAUUUAUCAGACAGCAAGGGCGCAUUUCGAUAGUUGAACUGGCACAAGCCAGCAACACUCUAAUCAAUCUUAAUCCAGAAUCAAGGUCUAUUCCUGAAACUGUGGCCUAAUAUUUACUCAUUUGAAUAAAUAUAAACCUACAAAGUUCAUCUUAAUGGUGUCUGUUGCACAUGAAUUAAACUUUUGUUCUCAGUCUAUCUAAAUGUAUUGACUUUUUUUUGCUUAAUUUCUUUUAUUCCAUUUCCUGCUUGUGAAAGAUUCUCCAUAUCUUCAGUUGCUUUUGCUGACCCAUUGACCACUUUAUUGUCUGUCUGUCUGAUUAAGUUACUUUAAGCAAAAUACUGUGCCAAAUAACCCUGUUGACAAUUGAUAAUUCAUUACUUGUGUUUGUAAAUCACCUUGAGUAACAACUUGUGUUCUUAGUUGAAAUUAGAUAAAUCCUUCUUAAUAGUGCAUCUUCUCUGCACAGUAGAUUGCUAACAAGCCAGGAUGGUCUGGCAGGAUUGUUAGAAUAUAACUCAGAAAUCAUAAUUUUGGGAAGAAAACACUGUGAAGGUGUCUGGGGUUCUAUAUUAGCUUCACUGAGACAUCUAGGCAUAGUAGACUACUUGCAAAGUUCCUCUUUACAGCGUUACUAUGUUUCUAUCAAUUUAUGCCUAAAAGUUGGUGUCUUGUGUUAUAUAUAACAAAGGACUUCUGCUGGAACUGUAACAUGUAGGUUAAAUGUCUGAAAUUGCUGUUUACCAAUUAUAAUUUGGUGUAGAUAUGGUAAAACAAGUUUUAUAUGAAAAGUAACAUGAGUAAAUUGUAAUCUGCAUUCCCUACAACAUUGCCACAUUACUGUAAUGAGUAAUGUGUAUUUUGUAACUAGCAUUUUGUCGUGCACCAAAUAUCAGCUAAUCAGCUGAUUUUACAUGGAGCUGUAAGAUAAAUCACUCCUUUGUUUGAUUCCUGGUUUGGGACGGUCUUCAAAACAGAUUUUGAAAAAUUUUAUUGCAGGUAUUUUGAUAAAUAAAAUUCAUUAUUUAA